UGCCCCGUCUCCCGCGCAAACAUCUUCCAGCACCUAACUUUCAGCUGGAUGACCCCGCUCAUGGUCAAAGGCUACCGCAAGUUCCUGGAGGAAGACGAUCUCUGGGCCCUGCGCCCGAGCGAUAAGGGGGAGACCCUUUCCCGGGUGCUGGAGACCGAAUGGGGGAAGGAGAAACGGAAACCCCGGGGCAGACCCAGUCUUAGUCUUGCAUUGCUAAGAGCGUAUGGAGGACCGAUGAUCACCGCUGCGGGGCUGAAGAUGCUCCAGGACUGUCUGAGCUACGCUCAGCCGCAGAUGCUCCGCCUUUUACUGCAAUACGUCAACACGUGGGAAGAAGCGCGCACAAGCGCUCCCCACCCCGAGCAAGGGGAAGACGUCAAGCCGGACCCGUACCGCGGGUACUUGAUCGCGCUAUGCAUGUUUGGAGUAGCGGUGACGCAGACUAUGUGCCUGCAUCAGUACUUCCAGCGCUGUUUCGAAGUCGGUAUGCGGGUACGCGCGGGCCUCGUUGCGACCAUAUACAAGAAAGCGCUCGUGUUGUCUAACGACGAGCGCGGGGCGCGCGCAACGGGGGAUAUCGUCAACCUCCAGAGUGUGGAUGUGAUGCGUCUGCAGGACCUAUGCACGUAUGCCCAGAUCCUCUGGUCCGGCCCGUUCCAGAUCAUCCUCGCUUUCAUAAGCUUGUACAACCUCAUGGGCUGGAGCAUGCUCAGCGGCGUAGCGAUCAUCAUCGUCUUCAUCCCGCUCAACACGCUCGUAGCGCGGUAUCAGAAGAAACUGCAACAGCGGCAGAUGGCGAACAAGGACGCGCGUACGAGGCUCAUGAGCGAGAUCCUAGCGAAUAUACGGAGCAUCAAGCUCUACGCCUGGGAGUACGCGUUUGGCCGCAGGCUGAGGGAUAUUAGAGAGGAGAGAGAGGUAAGGAUGCUCAUGAAGAUUGGGAUUGUGAAUGCGGCGAGUGUGCUGCUUUGGGGCAGCGUACCCGUGCUGGUGAGCUUUGCGACGUUUACGAUCUAUGUGCUUACGAGCGAUAAACCACUCACGUCGGAUAUCAUCUUCCCCGCUAUAUCCCUCUUCAGCCUGCUCCAGUUCCCGAUGGCCAUGUUCGCCUCCGUUAUCACCUCUUUCGUCGAGGCUUCAGUCGCGAUCGGGCGACUCGAGUCCUUCCUGAGCGGCACAGAGCUCCAAACCGACGCGGUCAAGCUCGAGCCGUUCCCUACGGCCGCACAGGGGGACACGCUCGUUUCGGUGCGGGAUGGGGAGUUCAAGUGGUCUAGCUCCCAGAAUGAGCCGACGCUGCUCAACGUCGACCUUGAGCUGCGCAAGGGCGAACUGGUGUCUGUCGUUGGCCGGGUUGGGAGCGGCAAGUCCUCCCUCGCUGCUGCCGUCUUGGGGGAGAUGAUCAAGACUGAAGGAACUGUCGUCUUACGGGGAAGCGUCGCCUUCGCACCCCAGCAACCGUGGAUCAUGGGCGGCACCGUCAGGGAGAACAUCACCUUCGGGCACAGGUACGAGCACGCAUUUUAUCAGGAGACGAUCGAGGCCUGCGGGUUGAGAGAAGAUCUCGCCAUCCUAUCCGAAGGCGACCUCACCGCUGUGGGGGAACGAGGUGUCUCCCUCUCCGGGGGCCAAAAGGCACGCAUAUCCCUCGCUCGAGCCGUCUACUCCCGAGCGGAUAUCUUCAUCCUCGACGACCCGCUCAGCGCGGUGGACGCACAUGUCGGAAGACACAUCUUCGACCAUGUGAUCGGCCCCCAAGGACUGCUCGCUUCCAAGGCCAGGCUGCUCAUUACCAACGCGAUCCCGUUCGUCCAGCAGUCGGAUAACAUCCUCAUGAUUCGGAAUGGGGUCAUCGUUGAGCGGGGUACGUUCAGGCAGGUGAUGGCGGCGCGGUCGGACCUCUAUAGGUUGCUGAACGAGUUUGGGAAGAUGAAGGCGCAGAGUGUGCGCCGGGUUGAGGAGGAGGAGCUCGAGACGGAGACGAUCGUCCCUGAUGCGGAGGAGGACGAGGAGAGCGACGAGACGAUGGCGGAGAAGGAAGCGCGUGGGUUUGGGAAGGAGAACUUUUCCCGGAGGUUUAGUCGCGCUACGUUGCGUCGCGCUUCGGUACUUUCUACGGGAGAGAGGAAGAGGGAGAUCAUGGAGGUUUCUAAGGCUAGCAUGAGCUCGAAGGAGAUACGUGCUGUUGGGUCUGUUGGUGCGAAAGUGUAUACCGAGUACCUCAAGGCGUGCUCUAUCCCGGGGUUUAUCGGCUUCUUCGUAGCGAUGUGCCUUAUGCAGGCUGCUCAGGUUGGACAGAACUUGUGGCUCAAGGCUUGGGGAGAGCAUAACCUGUGCAGCGGGGACAACGGGGACAAGGGUUUCUACCUCGGCAUCUUCUUCGCUUUCGGCUUGUCGUUCUGCGUCCUCUCCUUCCUCUCUAGCAUCCUUCUCUGGUGUUUCUGCACCCUGCGCGCUGCCGUCAAGCUCCACGAGAACAUGUUCCAAGCGCUGAUGCGUUCGCCCAUGUCCUUCUUCGAGACCGUGCCCGUCGGUCGGAUCCUCAACGUCGCAAGCCGGGACGUCGCAGUGGUAGACGAAUCCCUCGCGCGCGUUUUCAGCUCUGCGUUCCGCACGUUCGCUUCGGUAUUCAGCACCAUCCUCGUCCUCGCUGUCUCCUCCCCGCCGUUCCUGCUCUUUGUCAUCCCUAUGUUCUUUGUCUACCGGCAGAUUCAGCGGUACUACCUUGCCUCUAGCCGGGAACUCAAGCGCCUCGAUGCUGUUUCCCGCAGUCCCGUUUUCGCCUCGUUCCAGGAGACGCUCGGUGGCUUACCCUCGAUUCGCGCCUUCAGGCAGCAGAAGCGGUUCAUCGCGGAGAACGAGGCUCGCGUAGAUGCAAACCAACAGGCGUACUUCCCUUCCUUCACUUGCAAUCGCUGGCUUGCGGUUCGUCUUGAAUUCCUUGGGAGCUGUAUCAUCCUCAUCAGCGCUGUGCUCGCUACGUGGAGCGUCAUCACUGGUAGAGUGAGCGCGGGUCUUGUCGGUCUGAUGAUGUCCUAUGCUACCUCCGUCACUGGCUCACUGAACUGGAUGGUACGCUCCGCCACCGAAAUCGAGACGAAUGCCGUCUCCAUCGAGCGCUUGGAGCAGUAUGCUGCCCUGGAGCCUGAGGCGCCGUACGAAUUGCCAGAGAAGACUCCGGAGCCUGCGUGGCCUGAGCACGGUCGCAUCCAGUUCGAACACUACUCGACUCGAUACCGGAAGGAUGGCAACCUUGUUCUCAAGGAUGUGGUAUUGGAUAUCCAGCCAGGCGAGAAGAUCGGUAUAGUGGGCCGUACCGGUGCUGGCAAGUCGACUAUGACAUUGGCGUUGUAUCGGAUCAUCGAACCGGCGGAGGGUACGAUUUUCAUCGACGGUGUGGACAUCAUCAAGCUGGGGUUGUACGACCUCCGCUCACGACUGAGCAUCAUCCCACAAGAUCCUCAGCUGUUUGAAGGCUCUGUCCGCCAAAACCUUGAUCCCGAGGGCAUCUACGAGGACAGCCGUAUCUGGAGUGCAUUGGAGAGUGUGCAACUGAGCGAUUUCAUUGGUCAGAUGGAAGGCAAGCUGGAUGCUCGCGUAAGUGAAAGUGGCUCGAAUAUGUCCAUCGGUCAAAGGCAGCUCGUCUGCCUAGCACGUGCCUUGUUGAAGGAUACCAAGAUCCUUGUGAUGGAUGAAGCCACUGCUGCCGUUGAUGUCGAGUCCGAUGCGCACAUUCAGCAGGUGAUUCGACAAGAGUUCGCCGCCCGAACCAUCCUGACGAUUGCUCAUCGUUUGAAUACCGUGAUGGACUCGACCCGGAUCUUGGUAAUGAAAGAGGGACGAGUGGCCGAGUUUGCAGCCCCGGAAGAGCUGCUACAAAACAAAGAUUCCCUUUUCUAUGGGUUGGCGAAGGAGGCUGGGAUCCGUCAGGAUAAGACCGAGAAUUAGACAUAGACUUCUGCAUCGCACAUUUGUGCUGUAGCUCUAGCUGCGAUCACAUAGAAUGCUUCGUUUGAAC